AUGAAUGAAUCCUGGAAGACCAUCCUCGCGCUCUCCAGCUUUGCGCUAACCAGCACAGCAGAGGACGUUCUGUUCGAUACUCGUCUUAUGGUACAGCAAGCUGGACUGCCUUCCGUGCUCAGUAAUGGCCCUGGCCCGCCUCCCCAGCUUGACAUCCCAAACACACGUCCAGCUCGGUCCAUCCACCUGAGUCAGAUUGUGCCUAUCCAAGAUGCUUCUGGUAACAGCCGUUGCUGUCCCAUUGGAACUGUCAACAAUGUUAGUGGCUGUGUUUUCCCUCAUUCGUCUGUCUGCCCUGAGGGUACUCGUCUUGAGGGAAAUACUUGCAUUAGCGAGAUGCCACCCAAGUACCCUGAUGCCGAACCGCGUUGUAACCCUGGGUUCACAUACCAGGACGGCAACUGUGUCUCCCUUUCUGAAGCUGGAUGCCCUCCAGGAUUCACCCUCAAGAACCGUCUUUGUACUUCAAGCAGCAAGCCUCAGUGCCCUGCCUCUUUCAAGUAUGAGGAUGGUAGCUGUGUUGAUUCUAAGCCGCAGUUUUGCUCUCCCGGUAGUAAGCUCGCCGAUGGCAAUUGUGUUGGCGAAGCCCCUCCGUCAUGCCCUCCCGGCUAUGUCAUCAACAAGGGAGUAUGCACCCACGAGCCAAAGCCGAGAUGUCCUCCUGGAUCCAGCUUCGAUGGCACUGCUUGUGUCUCUGAGAAGCCCCCGUCCUGUGAGCCAGGCUUCUUCAAUGGAAAGGUCUGUGAAGACAAGCCGUCUUGCCCUCCUGGAUUCAACCUCGAAGGGCGAGUUUGCGUCUCCGAAAGCAGAGCUUCCUGCCCUGGCGGAACCUACAUCGUCUCUGAUAAGACUAGUGGAAAGUCAGCCUGCUGCUAUAAGAACUUUGACUUCAACAGAGACACCUGCUUCAAAUCUGGCCGCUGCUGGAUUAGCCCCACUGAGGAGCCUAGCUGCCCUACCGGCGGAAAGUGGAACGGAAAGACUUGCAUUGUUCAGCCUGUUCCUCAGUGCCGUGCUGGACAGUACACCAACGGACGAUGCAUCAUCACUGAGAGCCCUCGUUGCCGCCCUGGUGCCGUUUUCAACGGAGAGAACUGUGUUCUCGAGGACCGUGCGGCUUGCCCUCCCGGAAGUGUUCUCAGCGGCAAGAAGUAUGGCUCUAGCACUCCUCCCGUCUGUGAGCCUGGCCACACUCUGACCGGUAAUUAA